AUGCAACAUUAUAUGCAUUUCACCGAGUCGUUAUACUUACUAUAGCUCCCAACGUUGGACCAGCUAUAUCACCUUCGCGCCCCUCACACAAUCAAACUUUUAUACAUGCAGACUGUGGAACUCUUUGUCGCCAUCCUUGCCAUUGUCGCCGGGGUGAAAUUCGCCUACUUCGGUUACCUUGCCUCUGUCGCUGGGCUGAAUGUAGUUGAUACCGGUGGACUGAUGAUCUGCACAAUGCAGUGCGUCAAUAAUCCACCUUCUUGCGGGGAAGGGUCGGUACCUGUCCUUCUGGGCACAUGCUGGACCUGCUGCACGUGCUCCUUGAGCGACCUUGAAGCCUUACGGUCCUGAUCGUUAGUUGGGGGAUGAUUGGAUGCCGUGUUACGUCGAUGAAUACAUGCACGUAUACC